AUGGGCUUAAAAGAAAACCUUCUGCGUGGAAUCUACGCAUUUGGCUUCGAAAAGCCGUCAGCAAUUCAGCAGCGCGCAAUCGUUCCGUGUACCAAAAAGCGUGAUGUGAUUGCACAGGCGCAAUCAGGUACCGGCAAAACGGCGACAUUUUCGGUCGCUGUUCUCCAGAACAUUGAUGAGACUCAUCCGGAAGUCCAGGCCCUUGUAAUGGCGCCCACACGUGAGCUAGCACAGCAGAUUCAAAAAGUGAUGCUGUCGUUGGGCGAAUAUCUCGGAGUGAAGUGCCACGCUUCAAUAGGUGGCACAAAUGUUCGUGAUGAUCUGCGUAAACUUGAAGCUGGCGUUCACGUUGUGGUUGGCACACCUGGUCUGACAUCGAACAUCAAAAUGUUCGUUCUGGAUGAGGCAGAUGAGAUGUUAUCACGUGGUUUCAAGCAGCAAAUCUACAGUGUCUUUAAACGUAUGCCGAAUGACGUUCAGGUUGUGCUGCUUUCGGCAACGAUGCCAGCGGAAGUGCUCGAAGUGACAGACCGUUUUAUGAAUAGCCCCGUGCGCAUCCUCGUGAAAAAGGAAGAGCUUACUCUGGAAGGUAUCAGGCAAUUUUAUAUAAAUGUUGAAAAAGAAGAAUGGAAAUUUGAGACGCUUUGCGACUUAUACGCUACGGUGAAUGUAACUCAGGCAGUUAUUUUCUGCAAUACGCGUAGAAAGGUUGAUUUUCUAGCGUCUCAGAUGAUCAAAGAAAAAUACACGGUUUCGUGCAUGCAUGGCGAGAUGGAGCAGAAUGAGCGUGAUGUCAUAAUGCGCGAAUUUCGAUCAGGCUCAUCUCGUGUUUUGAUAACUACCGAUCUGCUAGCUCGAGGCAUUGAUGUGCAGCAGGUUUCGCUAGUUAUCAAUUACGAUCUUCCGAGCAAUCGCGAAAAUUAUAUCCAUCGCAUUGGUCGCUCCGGUCGUUUUGGGCGUAAGGGUGUAGCAAUCAAUUUUAUCACGGAGUCGGACCUGCGAAUGAUGAAAGAUAUAGAAAGCUUCUAUAACACACAGAUUGAAGAGAUGCCAAUGGACAUCGCGAAUUUGCUCUAA